AUGUCUUCAAGAUAUAUGAUCGUCUUACUCUUCGCUGUUUUAUUGUCAAUCAACAUCAAUAAUAUGAAGGCUUAUCAAUUAGAUAAUGAUCAAGUACCAAUGAAUGAUCUUCAUGAAAGUAUUGAACAUACAGGUCCACAUAUCAUUCGACAACUACAAGAUUUACUCGCGUCAAUAGAAGUUGCAGAUGAUGGAAGUAAUAUGAAGGAUUACUCUCCCUUUGAUCAUAUAAUUAAUACUCGAGUAGCAGUAAGUCGUCGUCCUGGACUCAUUCGUUUAAAAAAAAAGUGA